AACUAUUACUAAUUAAUCAAUUAAUUAUGACAUCACAAGUUAUCAUGACAUUCAUUUAAUAUUUAAGUAUAAUUUACCGAUUCGCAAGAACAGGCUGCCACCAGAACGUCUACUGCAUUUUUCCAUUAUAAUUAUACAUAGACAUAAGAUCAGUGGCCUAGUAAUUAGUAAUUAAAAUAUAUUUUCUGUCCAUUAGUUAGUUCACUUCAUUCAGAAAAACAUAGGCUACAUAAUAAGCUUGUACGGAUAUUUCUUUUAUUCUUUGUUUAGGUUUUUUUUGAAGGCUUUUUCAAGAAAUUUUAGAAUCAACAGGAACUUCAUUUAUUUAAAGACCCCAAUAAGUUUGGAGAAGCUAUUUGUAUUAUUCUGCCAAGUCAAUAAGCCUGGACUAUAAUUUAAACAUGUCAUCAGGACCAUCAACAACAGUACAAAAUCCAAUAGUCGUGCCAAAAAUGUGUCCCUGGGGAAAAAUAGCAUCUGUUCCAACUCCUUGUUCUCUUGAAGAUGUUAUGAGCGAACAGCUUGCAUCAGAAAUCGACACAUUGGAGCAAAAAGAUAUAAACACAGCCAUUUUAGCUGAACAUUUGUUUUUUGAUGAGGCUAAAAGCAGGUAAAAUAACAUCUUCUUCAUUCAACCGAUGAUAAAAAAAUUUAUUUACACCCAAAAUAAUUGACAAACGUAAACGUUUUUUUCAGUACCAGUAUGCUAACUAUUAAAAAGUGCAAAUAUAUUUUCUGGCUAUAUUACAUUUUAAUAUUAAACAUGCAUUAUUCUUGAAGUAAAAAAAAAAUUUCCCUAAUGCCGAUUUUCAGUGAAGCUGUAGCAGGUGAAACCAACAGUUUAAUAUCUGAUGAGGCGUUGGCUGCUAAGUUGGCGGCUGAAGAGCUUGGUGAGCAUCCAGAUGAUGAAAUUAUAGCGCGUUACCUACAGAUGGAAUUCGACAAAGAAUAUGAUGCGAUGAUCGAUAAAGUGGAAAAAAAGCACAAUGGCACAAGUAAAGGUAAUGUUAGUUCAUUGUUAUGCAUACUUUUCUUUUUCUGCGCUGCAGGCAAAGGUUACUGAUUUUAAAUUAUGUGUAUAUGUACAGUAUGUACAUUUAUUAUCCUGAAAAAAGACAUUGCUCUGAUUGAGAAAGGAAAAAACAACAACAUAUGUGAUGUAUGUUGGAUAAUAACUUUUAUAAUGUAAAUGGAUCGGCUCGUAGGACAAAAUAUGUUUGCACAAAUUCAUAGCCCAGAUCCCAAAGACACAAGAAAUUGCCUCUUCAAGACAGGAACAGGUCAAAAUAUUUUACUUGCACACAGGACACAGCCAAUUAAACUCACACCUAAACCAUAUCAAAGUAUUCAAAGCAUCUUUGUUGGAUUUCUGCAAACAUCUGAAUGAGAUAGUACAGUAUCACCUAAAUAUAAGACGCAUCCUAUACAGGGUGAAUCUUCUAUAUGGAUGUGUCUUCUAAUGUAAAAUAUUUUUUUUUUAAAUCUUCAAAACCCUUGUCUUAUACAUGGGUGUGUCUUAUAAUUAGGUCUGUCUUAUAUGCACGAAAAUACGGUAAGUAUUUUUAACACGAAUGAACAGUACAGACAAUUCUUUGAUUUAACAGUAAACUAAGAAUAGUUUAUGAAGCCUUGUUUACAUCCGACGGGUGAUGAAACAUUGGACAAAUUUUCAUUUAUGAUGAAGGAAAAGAAACCGCUGGAUAUUAGUUGCUCAGUGGGGCAGAUGGCUGGGCUGCAUGCGUCUUAUUUAAUAUUUUUUACACAAAUCAUCAAAACCCGGUUCUUAUCUAUGAGUGCCUCUUAUGUAAAAUAUUGCUCACAAAAAUUGUCAAAACCCGCAUCUAAAAUGAGUGCGGCUUACGUAAAAUAUUUCUUAAACAAAUCGUCAAAACCCCCGUCUUAUAUAUGGGUGAGUCUUAUAUGCGCGAAAAUACGGUGAAACAGAUGCUUCAUUAUCACUUCUUCCACUGCCCAGCCUUUCAGGAUAUACUCUAUAAUUAUCAUCAACAAUUUUGAGACUUCACAUAUACUCUGAAAACAAAGACUAACUGAAGACCUGCACAUUCUUUCACAGGUUGUUAUGAUGAAAAACUUACGUUAUGGUAUUAAUUUUUUUUUAAAAAGGGUUUGAUAUUUUUCUUCCUUUCUAUUUUCUAGUGUCAAUAUCCUUUGAAAAUUACAAAAUGAAACAUCAGCGUCAGGAAGUCACGGGACAGGAUGAAGAAGACAGCUGCGAGGAGGAUUAUCCUGAGUUUCCAACACUGACGACCUGGAGUAAUUUUUUUUUUUUAAUCUAACCUUUUCAAAUUACUUAAAAACUUCCAUUGUUAUAAAUUGAAAGAUAUGAAUUCAUUUCUGAAAAAUUACACAAACUUGAAAUAGUUGAAAUUGUCAAAAUGCUUAAACUUGGAUCAAUAUUGUAUUUUUUUUUUAAAAUUUAGGCUCUCCUAACCCUAGUAUUGGAGGCAAAGGAUACAUAGGUCAAGGCAAAAAUAUAAUCACCAAGCAUGAUAGUGAAAUAUGUGGCAGGCGUAAUGCUGAGCGGCUUAUGGAUGUAAGUUUUCGAAAAUUAACUUAGCAACCUUUUAAAUGUAUGUAAAAGUUGACAAUACGUUAGAUUUUCAUUUUCUUAGUUGAAAAUUUAUUUUUAUUUUAUAAACAAAAUAAUAUUCUGUUUUUGUUGGUCUAUGAACUUGGCUUUAUUCCAAAUAAGAGCAUGAUGUCAUUUAUUUAUGUGUGGUAUGUUUAUAUAGAUCUAACAGUUGAUUAUUUGUGCCCCAGUUCCCUCCUGACUUUGAGUGCGGAGAUGGAGAGGGAAUGGACAUGCGCCUUCCAAAUCAUGUCUACAAUAAGUUGAAGUCACAUUCAGUGGUGGAAAAUAAGAAAAGCCACAAGAUUCAUGAAAAGAAAGACCAUUCCACUGCUGUAUGUAAAGAGUUAAUCAAACUCUUUUAUUCAAAUUCUUCUAAUCAAAUUUUUUUUGCACCUCCUUUUGAUUAUUUUUAAAUUCCCAUUGUUCAUUAAUUUUUUAUGGAUUGUGUUUUGAAUAUUGUAAUGUGAGAUUUUUUAAAUAUUCUAUCACUAUACAUAUAAAUAAAGAAAAUAGUCAAUGAGUUUUGCAGAGAUUGUCAAUCUAGCUGAAAUCAUACAUCAUGAAAGCUUGUGCGUUCAAAUGUCAUAAAAGAAUUUAUUGUUUUUAGAUAACUGACUUUUUCUCCUCAGUUAAACAUUCAGAAUUCACUGGUAAUCUUUUGAUCCAACUCGUGUUUAGAUAAAAGCUGUGGACCAGAGGACAAGAAUUCUUCUGUUCAAGAUGGUGAACUCUGGCUACCUCGCUUCGAUUGAUGGAAUCACAAGUGAGGGGAAAGAAGCCAUGGUGUUUAAAGCAUCAGGAGGGAUGUAAGUUGUAAUUUAGUAAGAGGCUCAGCUUUAGCUCACAUUUAGUACGGUACCAGAUAUAAAUACAUUUUAGACUGGCCGGCCAGAAUCGGAGGAUUAAAGAACUGACUAAUACUUACUAAUAGUGUCUAACACAAAACAUUAUAAUUAUUGUUAUGAUAACAAUAUUUUUUGUUUGCAACGCAAUUAUUUUAGGAAGGAUGAGUUGGAGUUACCCAAGCAUGUGAUUCUAAAAGUUUUUAAGACGACCAUGAAUGAGUUUCGAACUCGGGCAAAGUAUGUUCAAGGUGACCAUCGGCUGUCUAAGGACGUGUACAAGAAAAAUAAUCCUAGGAAAAUAAUCAAACUGUGGGCAGAAAAAGAGUAUUUGAAUCUAAAGAAGUAAGAUGUGUUCUGUUGUUAAUUAUGUUUUUUUUUUAAUGAUUUCAAACAUAAUCCCAAAGUCUUUUAACAAAACAAUGAAAUUAUAAUGUGAUACAAAAGAUCAAAGUAAGUGCAGCACGUCUUCUUUUUAUACAUAUUAAGUGUAUAUAAUUAUAAUAAAUUAUAAUAAAUUAUAAUAUUAAUUGCUGUAAAACUGUUAAUAGCAGCAUAAUUUCAUCUUACUCAGGAUGCGUAGAAGCAAUAUUGCAUGUCCCACUCCUCUGACAUUAAAGAAACAUAUUCUGGCUAUGACCUGUAUUGGUGGUGAGCACCCGGCCCCUAAGCUAAAGGAGAUACGUCUCGGCCAAGAUGAUCUGAAGCUGGCUUAUGAACAAACUGUUCAGGUUGAAUAUUAUCUUUUUUAAUAUAUAUAUAUAUAUAAAUUCUAGCCAUUAUAACCGGUGUCGUUGGGGGUUUGCAUGUGCAAAAAUCUUCUAAUACGUCGUCAGCGUUAAAAAUAAUCCAGUUACAAAAACUUCUUGUAAGCAUUGAAUUCGGGGCCCUGCCCGUUUCAGUUAAUAUUCAGGCUAAGCCAGGUCUAAAAACAGGAUUUAAAGACCAAUCGAACUUUCAAUAAAUGUCUUAUGAUAAAAAGAUAUUCACCAAUGCAUGGCCGUUUAUCAAAACGACAAAUUGAUUUAUCCCUAAGAUAGGGGCUCUAUAAGAAAAAAUUCAUUUAAAUAUUUAAGUUAAAUCUUAAAAUUGAUCCCAUUAAAAUGGGAUGGACUCACCAAUUAAAAUCAGAUGGACUUGGCAGAGAUGUUGCCUUCUAAAUUUUUACAGUUGGGGGCCACAUCGCCUAAAGGACUUAAUCUUUCAUAUUUUACAGCAUUGAUUACCGGUAUCUAAGGUUGUAAAAUGAACCAAUUUUAUUUUAAAAGUUGUCCCAUUAAAAUUAAAGUCAGUUGCAAAACACCAAAGGUAUAGCAUUUUAUUCAAAAUAAAUUUAGGGCCCUUCUAUUCAUCUGAUGAUCUUUCAGUUCUGGAUCAUGUGUAGAUACCAUUUCAACCAGUCAAGAUAAUUAAAGACAAGUUUUUAUUUUAUUAUAAGUUAAGCCAAAAAGAUAUUUGAAAUAGUCCUUCAAAUUUUGGAACCUCCCAAACUGAUUUGGAACUUUCUGAAAACUUUUUUUUUAAAUUAAAAAAAACUUAAAUUCUGACUUCAUUACAUUUGAGGAAUGUCAUAGUGACUUCAUUACAUUUGAGGAAUGUCAUAGUGACUUCAUUACAUUUGAGGAAUGUCAUAGUGACUUCAUUACAUUUGAGGAAUGUCAUAGUGACUUCAUUACAUUUGAGGAAUGUCAUAGUGACUUCAUUACAUUUGAGGAAUGUCAUAGUGACUUCAUUACAUUUGAGGAAUGUCAUAGUGACUUCAUUACAUUUGAGGAAUGUCAUAGUGACUUCAUUACAUUUGAGGAAUGUCAUAGUGACUUCAUUACAUUUGAGGAGUGUCAUAGUGACUUCAUUACAUUUGAGGAGUGUCAUAGUGACUUCAUUACAUUUGAGGAAUGUCAUAGUGACUUCAUUACAUUUGAGGAAUGUCAUAGUGACUUCAUUACAUUUGAGGAAUGUCAUAGUGACUUCAUUACAUUUGAGGAAUGUCAUAGUGAGUUCAUUACAUUUGAGGAAUGUCAUAGUGACUUACAGAAACAUUCAAAGCAUGUUAAUAUUUGUUAAUAUGAUCUUAAAACCCUUAUUCAAAAAUUAAAGCAGACAGUAGACUGUCAACGCCAUUUUACCAUGUUGACCUACGUCCAUCACUUCACAUAGAGCCUUAUAUUGUUAUCUAAGCCUACUGUUGUUUGUAAAGCUUAUUUAAGGAAACAUGAAAUAAAUGCACGUGACCCCCUGAAGCGGUGAAUAUUAUGAGUUUAAAACUCUCCAGUUUUUCAACAUAGAUUUGGUCUUGAUCUAUCCAUUAAUUGUAAUUUUAUUUAUUUAUCUCAUAUAAAAAUUACAAAACGUGGCCCCCCCCCUUUACUUAAAACAGGAUUUUUUUUUUAAAAUUCAAACCUGUCAGUAUUCCCUUUUCAAUAGUGAAGUGUAAUAACUUUGUACCCCAGGCUUUAUCCAGAUUCAGUAAUGUAUGUAGUGUCCUGCAGCACUUUUCACUGUGAAACCACUGUGUCAGUACGUGUGUACUUAUUGUGUGUGGCAUUUAAUAAUCUAAUAACCAUUCUUCUACAAAAUGUACAUACCGCAGUAACUUUAUAUACAAAAGGGAAACCAACCGUCAAUUGAAAUAGCUCUUCAUGUCGCACAUUGUGUCACUGAGAAAAUGCUGUACUCAAAAAAUGCCCAUUCAGCGGCGUUUUUUUUUUACUAAAUGCUGAUUUGCAAACCUCCCUUUCCCACUAUGUAAAGCUGGUAAUAAAAAUUACUAAAAGAACCCCCAGGAGGGUACGCUCUUAGGUACCGGUACGCCCAAGACCCUCUUAGGUACGGGUACGCCCAAGACCCUUUGCACGCCCCUAAAUAAGAUACAUACAAAAAUAGAAUUUAGAGCCUUUUUUUUAUAUACAAAAAAUCACCGAUGGGUGCUCUAAAGCAGAAGUUGCUCAUUGGUCUUGAAAUUUUAUACAUCAAAUUAAAUUUGGCAACAUAUGUGCAUGCUUAUUGGCAUCAGAAGUUUAUACAAACGUUUUUAUUCAACAUCACAAAGUGGCAUAAUUUAUACGAAAAUAUGGUAAACAUUUCUCAUAUUAUUUCAAUAUUAUCAAAUUCUUUGGAUAUUUUUUACAAUUUAAUUUUUUUCAAAUACAUUUUCUAUAGCUUGUGAAGAAUCUUUACCAAAACUGUGGCCUGGUACAUGCAGAUCUGAGCGAGUAUAAUCUACUCUGGCAUGAGGGCCAAGUCUGGGUUCUAGACGUCAGUCAAUCUGUUGAAAAAGAAAAUCCUAGUUCACAUGAUUUUUUGCUGCGUGAUUGUAGAAAUGUCUGUGACGUAAGUAAUCACUGAAUCGUCUGUUAUUUUUAAAGUUUGUUAGAAGAAAUUAUAGACUUUAAGAACCUUUUGAAAAUUAUUGAAUGAUAGACUUUGAAAGAUUAAAUUGUUAAAUAAAGAACUGUAAAAAAAAAACAAGUGGCUGUUUUAAAGUUGCAAUAAAUUGUCCGCUGGAAAUAACUAAAUUUGAUUUCCACCAUGGAAUCUCUAAAAUGUAAGAGUGGGUCCUAAGGUAUUGAGUUAAUUCGUACAUCAGUUACUUGUAAGAGCAAUUAAAAAAGAUCUCUUAUCAUAUACACGGUACAUACUAAUGUGCUGUUAUUUUAUUUGUGAAUUUCAGUUCUUCCGACAAGCGGGUGUACCAGGGGUGAGCACGGCAGAAGAUUUAUUCAUGGAUGUAACAAACUUUUCACUUCAGGGAACAGGAAACGUAUUUGCCACACAGGUUUGUUGUUUUUUUUCCUCUUUUAAAACAUGUUAUUUUAAGUAAGCUACUAUACCUAAAUGUAUGGAAUCUUAUAAUUGUCUAUAUGAAUGCUAUGUACCCACUGACCAGGAUAAGGGGUACCAUUACACAUUUUUUAAUAACAAUUACUUGGUUUUUUUUUUAUUUCUUAACACAGUGAGUGUGAGGCUAUAGGGUUACCACAAAUUUAUUUAUAGUGUAUAGCAGUUGCUGGUGUUUUCUUUCAUAAAAUUGUUCCGUCAGGUUUCUUUAAGUCUUGUGCCUUAGGUCUGCACACUGGUUGAGUUGCUUGGACAAGAGUUAGCUUACUGACACUGUUCAACUCUUAAAAACUUAAAAUGUGAAAUGCAUAGAAUAAAUCUACUUUUUUAAAGCAGUUUGCUAGAUACGGGUAAUUGUUGUAACCUGCCCCCGGGGUCAAAUUCCAUGGCUGGAUCUUACACUUUGGUUUUGUAUAGAGAGAUGGGGGGGAGGGAGAGGAAAGUUUGGGUGGGGGGGGGGGUGAAUAUUUAAAAGUAAAUGUUGUGUUGAUUAGCAGUUUGUGUCCAUCUGAGUAUUCUUAGACGCAAUAAAUGAUGACAUAGGGGACCAGAUUGAUGUUAAAAUUGUAGUUGUAGUAAGUUGUAGUGGCGUGUUAUUUUGAAAAAUUGUGAAAAUUUGAACUGCGAGGGUUUUGAGGAACCUUUUUAUAUAUUAAGGAGUUUCUUUUAUGAAAGAGUGCUUCAGGUCUCAUGAACUUUAUCUAUUGCAGAAAUUGAGAAAGAUUGCCACAAUGAUUUGCCAACAGUCAGUAAUCUUUCAAUAAAAAUAUAAUUUUCUAUGUUCUCCAGGUCCAAAGAUACAAUAAAUCAGAAUAUUCCUUUGACUUUUACUUUGAGCAAUCCGAGGAGGCAAGAGACGAAUGUUUAGAUCUGGAUGACAGCAGCGAUGACAGUGAAGACGAAGUUGAAACUGAGGAAUCACAAUCUAAAGACAUUGUGUCCAACAUUGAUAAAACAAACCAAGAACCAAGAAUUGUUUUAGACUGCAGCGACUGUUUGUGAUUUGAAAAAAGAAGAGCUGGAUAUUGAAAUGUUUUAUUUGACAGAUUUCAACAUUUCAAGAAAAUAUAAAUAAAAUGUAUUUUUCUGUUUGAAUAAUUUAAAUAAAAAUUAAUAAAAU